UGUGACCUGUGGUUUAUGUAGAGAAUCGAAAGGCGCUGUGACACUGUUUGGAAAGUACUAUAAAACCAGCCGAAGAAGGCGCACAAUAAUUCCGUCUACCUGGGACGUGUCGAGUCUACAGAGGGGAAUCGGUGGUCAACGCGGCAGUCCCAGAGUAUAUGUUUAAGAAUGUGCCGGUUUGCCUUGCUCUGCAUGCUCUCGGCCCUGUCAGUCAGUUGGGCCAGACCACGCCUCUCUCCCCUGUCCCAUGAAAUGGUCAACUAUAUCAACAAGAUCAAUACCACAUGGACGGCUGGACACAACUUCCAUGAUGUUGACUACAGCUAUGUGAAGCGGCUAUGUGGGACUCUGCUGAAGGGACCCACACUCCCAGUCAUGGUUCAGUAUGCUGGAGAUGUCAAUCUGCCUGAUAACUUUGACCCGAGGGAGCAGUGGCCCAACUGCCCCACCAUCAAGGAGGUCCGGGACCAGGGCUCCUGCGGCUCCUGCUGGGCUUUUGGUGCAGCAGAGGCCAUCUCUGACCGCCUGUGCGUCCACAGCAGCGGUAAGGUCAGUGUGGAGAUCUCCGCUGAGGACCUGCUGACCUGCUGCUCUGACUGUGGCAUGGGGUGCAAUGGAGGAUACCCCGCUGCUGCCUGGGAGUACUGGACCAGCCAGGGACUGGUGUCUGGUGGGCUGUAUGACUCUCAUAUUGGGUGCCGGCCAUAUUCUAUUGCUCCAUGUGAACAUCAUGUGAAUGGGACACGCCCACCCUGCACUGGUGAAGGUGGUGACACACCCAAAUGUGUGCCUCAGUGUGAGGAUGGGUACACCCCUUCCUACAAGCAGGACAAACACUAUGGAAAGCGUUCCUACCGUGUUCCCUCUGAACAGCGGCAGAUAAUGGCUGAACUGUACAAGAACGGCCCGGCAGAGGCUGCCUUCACUGUCUAUGAUGACUUCCUGUUGUACAAGACUGGUGUCUAUCAACAUGUCACUGGAUCACCCCUAGGUGGCCAUGCCAUCAAAAUCCUGGGCUGGGGGGAGGAAAAUGGUACCCCCUACUGGCUGGCUACUAACUCCUGGAACACUGACUGGGGUGACAAUGGCUUCUUCAAAAUCCUGCGUGGGGAAGACCACUGUGGCAUUGAGUCAGAGAUUGUCGCAGGAAUCCCCAAGAACUAAAGAAUCUUCAAAGUGGUUCUCUCUGCCUCUGUAAACCUCGCUUUUAUCGAGAGGGACAUUUGAUCACUUGAUGCCCUGCAUUCUAAAACUAGUAUCGGACUUCCAUAGCUGAGCUAUGUGCUGACCACUUCCUGCUGCUAGAUCACUUCUGAAUAUUGGGUUUAAUAUUGCAGCUUAUUUAGAUUUUAUAAGAGUGUUAGAUUGGGGCUACUCGCAUGUCCUUGAGUGAAAUGGAGGGGUACUUCUGACUGUAGCAAGCUCUGGGCAUACCUUGAGAGCUGUACAUUCAGUCAAAAUUGACUACAAAGGAGCUCCCCUGAGCCCACCCCCCCCCCCCCCCCCCCCCAGUCAUGCCAUGACCACAAUCGCCAAGCCAGUAGCUUACAUUUUAGAACAAUUUACUACUAGAGAUCUGUUUUUAAAAUGUUUUCUUUACUUGUGUAGUUUUCUUAUUGCGGAUGACAUUGUACUGUUUGGUUUUUUUCCAAAGGUGAAAUAAUAAAUUGAAAUUAAGUCAUUUCUAUAUUAAAUGUGCUUUUCUGCCUUGCCAUGAUCUGCUCAAAUACCUUGACAAAAAGCUGAUCAGUAAAAUAAACCCCUAAAUGUGAA